AUGAUACCUGCUCCUGAUAUAUCUUAGCAUAUCUCUACUGCAGGCAAAGAAGCAUCUAGUACUUCAAAUAUGAAAUUUGUGAGGAGUAGAGAUGGAUUCAACAUUGAAUUUUCAUAAGAAGUUGGCUUAAAUGAUAUAUAUAUAUAUUUGGAGCUAAAGUUGAAAAAGUCUCAUAAUUAAUUAAUUCAAUGA